AUGAAAUGUCCCAAAAACGUCAAGAUCGACUCCACCCUUCCUAUGUACGGAUUCAUCAAAGAGUUCCACGCCCACGUGCUUGUUGCGACGGGCAAACAAGACUGGAUUCCCAAGGUCGAACAAGAAGAUGGGAGCUUAAUGAAGGCGUUCAAAUCGGACGCUAAAUCAAAAUUUGGGCGUAUCAUGGUCUCUGCCUCCAACCUCACUCUACCAGGAGGAGAGGCGCCGGAUAACUGCAGCAAGACAACGAUCCUCGUGCUGCCAUCGUUUACCUUUGUGGACGACGUUUCUUACUCAGAUGUGCAGCACGUUGUCGAGACCUUUAUUGACGUGCCACCAGAAAAUCCAACCGAGUCCCUCAGCAGUCCACGAUUGAACUCUCGACCAUGUCCACAUGACUACGUAGUCUUGCUGUGCUCGCACAAGCGGCGCGAUGCGCGCUGUGGAAUCACGGCGCUGCUGAUUAAAAAGGAAAUGGGCCGACAUCUACGCAGACAUGAUCUCUACUGA